AUGGUCGAAGAGUCAAGCAUAAAUUCUAAGCCAAAGAAUAAAGCAACACGGCCAAAAGCUGUAUACUUGUGGACAGAAGCUGAUGUACAAAAAUGGCUGAGGCGUCAUUGCAGUGACUAUUACAAUUUAUACUGGGAAAGAUUUCAUGAGCAUGAUAUAACUGGAAGGGCAUUGGUGCGUAUAAAUGAUAAUACACUCCUACGAAUGGGAAUCACAAAUAAAGACCAUAGGGAAGCUAUAUGGCGAGAGAUACUUAAACUGCGGCUCAAGACGGAUAUUGUUGAAAUAAGAGAUUUGGAAAGGGCAGAUUUUAGUUAUGAUUUGUGA